AUGGCAUCCGGCGUGCUGACAUUUGUGAUUGUGGGGCAGCAGGAUCACCCCAUCUACGAGGUGGACUUGACAGGACCAAAAGAGCAACAAGCGCAGUACCUGCACCAGUUUGUGCUCCAUGCGGCGCUGGAUGCGGUGGACGAGGCCAUGUGGGGUACCAAGGAGCUGCACCUCAAGACUGUGGACCGCUUCAACAACCUGCUGGUCAGCGCGUUUGUGACGCCGGGAGGCGCGCGCCUGCUGCUGCUGCACGACGGCCGCGGGGACGACGUGGUGCGCGCCUUCUUCACAGAUGUGUACGAGCUCUACCUCAGGUGCCUGAGUGCGGCGCAGGAGCUGUCGUGGGAUGCAAUGCAGCACGCCCUGUCCGUCAUCAACGAGGGCAUCGCGGUCGCCGACCCCUCGCAACCAGACGCGCCGAUGGUUUACGUAAAUGAUGCAUUCCUCCGCCUGACGGGGUACACCCGCGAGGAGUGCAUCGGCCGCAACUGCCGCUUCCUGCAGGCGAGCCCCCGCAGGCGCACAUACGCGCGCGCGCGCGCAGCCGGCGACAGCGCGGCGCCCGGGCCCAGCCCCGUCCCGCCCCGCGCCCGGCAAAUGCCCUGCUUCAUGCGCGGCGCCGGCACCGAGGGCCCCGCCCUCGCCCGGCUGCGGUCGGCGCUGGCGGCCCGCGAGGACUGCCAGGUGGAACUCCUCAACUACCGCAAAGGCGGGACGCCCUUUUGGAAUCUCCUGUCAAUCACGCACGUCUGGGCGCAGCCCGGCGACGAGGGCGACGACGGCGGCGCCGGCGCCGGCGGCGCAGCGGCGGCGUCCAGCGGCGGGGGCCGGCGGCUGCGCUGCCUGAUUGGCGUGCAGUCUGACGUGUCAGACCUGGCGCGCAAGGCGCAGGCCGCGCAAGCGGCGCGCAACAGGUUCAUCGCCAACAUGAGCCACGAGCUGCGCACGCCCCUCAACGGCAUCCUCGCCACGGCGCA